AUGGGCUCCGCGGAUCCGCGCGUGGCGGCGCAGGCGCGCGCGCAGCAGCGGAAGAAGGGGAAGAGCAAGUGGGGAGACACUGCUUUCGGGGGCGUGGAGGACGUGGCGCGCGCCGAGGAGGACUUCCAGCCUCAUGGUAGGGCCGGUUGGGGUGAAUGCGUCUCAGAAACGGUUCACUGGGCAAGCGGUGCUGGCAGUGCUGGCGGUGGGGAGGGGGGAGUAUUGGCAGUGGGGAGGAAGGAGUGCCGUGCUCCAAGCUGGGCGAGAGAGGAGGAGCAGGAGGCAAUGGAGCCGUUCAACCUGCAGCAGGAGCGCGAGGAGGGGUACUUUGAUGCCGAGGGCAACUAUGUGGAAUACAGAGAGGACACCGAGGCCACGCAGAGGUGGGCCCCACCUUGGCCGCCAAGGCAGCAGCACGACCCCUCCACGCAUACUCACUCCAGCACGAGCAUGGAGGAUGGCAGCGACGCCGACGACUGGGAGGAGCCCGCCCGCCACGCCGCCAACGGCGCCGCGGAGGCGAUCGGCAACGACUCCGCUGAAGCCGCGUCGUCGGCGUCGUCGCGAUCAUCGCACAGCGACGCGGAGAGUGAAGAUCGAGGCGCUGGGGACGAGAGGAGGGAAGGCAAUGGGGAGAGAGAGGAGGAGAAGGAAGGCGGGUAUGACGGGGAAGGGCUAGACGGGGAUGUGAAGGGCAGCGGUGUCGAGGAGUCGACGGGACGAGACCCGCAGGGUGAUGCGCGCGAGGGCGGCGAGCAGGGGGGAUGGCGGAUGGGGGACGGGGCUGGGCGCGCGGGCGAGGCAGCAGAGGGGGAUGAGCGGCCGGCGAAGCGGAUGGACAGGUGGGGGGGGCAGGUGAGGGCGGGGCAGGCGGGGCGGAGGGGAGGGGCUGCUGGUGCGCGUGGUGGCGGACCACUACAGCCGGCGCGACAACCAGCAGCGGCACGAGCGCGAGGCGAGUCCCAUCAUCCACCUGAAGAAGCUCAACAACUGGAUCAAGUCCGUGCUCAUCCGCCUCCCACCCACCCCGCCCGUGGCGCGCGCGUGCUGGACCUGGCGUGCGGCAAGGGCGGCGACCUGACCAAGUGGGCGCGCGUCAACGUGGGCUUCUACCUCGGAGUGGACGUGGCGGAGGGCUCCGUGCACGACGCCAUGGCGCGCUACAACGGCGACUCGCACCGCUCCUUCGCCGGGGGAGACGGGGCGGACAGCGACCGGCGGCAGAUGCGGUUCCCGGCGAAGCUGGCGUGUGCGGACUGCUUCGGCGUGGCGCUGGACCGCGAGCUGCUGCCGUGGGCGCCCUUUGACAUCUGCUCCACGCAGUUCGCGCUGCACUACUCCUUCGAGACCGAGCAGCGCGCUCGCUGCGGGCUGCGCAACAUCGCGGCGCUGCUGCGGCCGGCGGGCGGCAUGUUCAUCGGCACCAUCCCCGACGCCAACGUGCUCGUGCAGAAAUUACGAGCCUCGCCGAACCUCAGGUUCGGCAACUCCGUCUACUCGAUAGAAUUCGCCCCGGAGUUCGCAGACAAGAAGUUCCCGUCAACCCGGCCGUACGGCAUCCGGUACGAGUUCCGGCUGGAGGACGCGGUGGACUGCCCCGAGUGGCUCGUGCCGUUCGCCUUCCUGCAGCGCCUGGCGGGCGAGUACGGGCUGCAGGCACUCUACCACGCCAACUUCCACACCUUCAUCAAGACGCACGCCGCCGUCGAGCCGCACGCGUCGCUGCUGCGCCGCAUUGCGGGCGAGCGGUGGCGCGAGGAGAUGACGGCGGACGAGUGGGACGCUGCUUACCUCUACUGCGUGUUUGUCUUCCGCAAGGAGGGCCAAGGGGGGCCUGAGGGGGGUGGCGCUGCAGGGGAGAGGAGGGAGGAGGUUAUUAGGAGAAUGGAAAGUGAUGAUAUUCUGAUUCUCUAA